CUUGAAAGUAUCACGUCAACUGACUACUCUUUCUUCCCUACGAAAGUUACCUAACUCAUCUCAACCAACAUGCCCUGUGACUUGAGCGGAAAGUGGGUGUAUGCCAGCGGAGAUGGUAUGGAUGCUCUAUUGGACCUUCUUAAGGUACCGGCUGAGAAGCGUCCCACUGACCCCUCCUCUACCGUAGAGAUCACCCAGAGUGGAGAUGACUUCACUGUCAAGACAACCGCUGCUGAUGGCAACUGCCGUGAGGCCAAGUUCACAAUCGGUGUUGAGUUUUCCGACCCAGACAUCAAGGCCCUCCGAGGGGUUGAGGUUAAAGCCACACCUUCCUGGGAGGGAGAUAAGCUCGUCCUCAAAGGGUCUGGUGGAAACGGGACAGCGACCCGUGAGAUCGUUGGAGGUCAACUAGUCAUGAGCUUUGACAUUAUGGGAACCAAGGCAACAAGAUUCUUCAACAAGGCAUAAACAUCAUCAAC